UCCCCUUCCACAACCCAAACUCCGCAUCUCAUAACCCACAAAAAAAGAAAAACAAAGGCGUAUCCAAUUAUUUCCUAUCAAUUAGUUUGAAAAUCCUCUGGCUCUGUUUGGAAAUGGCUUUCAAAGGGAUGGAGUUGGGUCUAGCAAUGGUGGUCCUGGUGGGCAUGCUAUUGGGUGAAGUUACAGCUCAAUCAAGUUGCUCAACCGCAAUCACAAGCUUAGCUCCAUGCCUCAACUACAUAACAGGAAAUUCAUCCACACCAUCAUCUUCUUGCUGCUCACAGCUCUCCAACGUCGUUCAGUCAUCCCCUCAGUGCCUUUGCUCUGUCCUGAACAAUGGAGGUUCUGUCUCACUGGGUAUCACCAUCAACCAAACACUCGCUCUUUCCCUUCCCGGGGCUUGUAAAGUGCGCACUCCACCCAUCGCCCAGUGCCAAGCUGCUAAUGGACCAACAGCUUCACCUGCUCCAUCUGGAAGUCUUUCGCCGCCGGCGGACUCUUCUGAUGGAAGCCCUGAAGGUGCUAUUACACCUUCAGCCUCAGACAUUCCUUCGGCUGGAGGGUCUAAAACAAUCCCAUCGACGGAGGGGAAUUCAUCAGAUGGUAGCAUCGUCAAAGCACCCCUGCAUUUUUUGCUAUUCUUCUUCUUCAUUCUCACAUUUGCUUCAGCUACUCUCUCCAAUUGAUUUUUUUUUUUUUUUUUUUUAGUCCUUUCCAGAACAGAGAUGAUUUGCCUGCCUGUAGUGCUAUUUAUUUAGUUUUAGAAAUUAUUGUUUUUAAUAUAAAUGUAUGCGGCUUGUGUAUUAUACAUGGUUGCCCCAUUGAUUGUGUGAGUGUGCGCUUGUAUUGAAUUAUUUGUUAUUU